UAUAGUUUCAGCUGCGUUUGUUUCUCAUUUUUGGGUUUUUGUCUGAGUUUCUUUCUCAUUUCCCUCAACAACUCCUCAGCCGCUGUCAGUCGCCGGGGUUCAUUAAUGAGCCCUCCUCCGUUUCCCCAUGUGGGGGAAUGUUUGCGAGUGGGAGAGCAGAAAGAGGUGGGGGCGGGGGUCUGGUGAGAGAGACAGAGCAGAGGAGGAGUGGAGUGUGAGAUUAUCCGCCGUACCUGCUGCUGCCGCCGCCGCUGCUCAGAUAUUAACAGCUUCUUUCCGGGAUCUGAUGCUGCCCGGAGCGCGGAGGCAGCGCCGCUGGAGGCAACCCUGCUUCUGAGCCUCAGGUGGACAGAUGGAGACGGAGGAGGAAGUCAGCGAGCCCCAGACAGGCGCGCCGCACCCCGAGGUGAACGGGGACUUGCCGGGGAACCCGUACCUGAGGGACGGGGCGCUGGACGCGGCGGGGAGUCCGGCCAGGGAGCCGGCGCCGCCGCAGUGUCCCCCAGAGUUCAGCCCCAGCCACCAGUGUGGAGAGAAGAUGCCGUUCCACCAUGUGACAGCAGGUCUGCUCUACAAGGGGAACUACUUGAGCCGCUCGCUGUCCGACAGCGACAGCGACGUUCUGGCCAGCAUCUCUGAGGAGGAGCUCGACGAGAUCCGGGAAGCGUUUAGGGUGCUGGAUCGUGAUGGAAACGGGUUCAUUUCCAAGCAGGAGCUGGGAAUGGCCAUGCGGUCUCUGGGGUACAUGCCCAGCGAGGUGGAGCUGGCCAUCAUCAUGCAGAGACUCGACAUGGACGGUGACGGACAGGUGGAUUUUGAGGAGUUCAUGACGAUUCUGGGCCCCAAGCUGCUGUCGUCUGAAACGAGAGAAGGCUUUCUGGGCAGCACGAUAGACACCAUCUUCUGGCAGUUUGACAUGCAGCGGAUCACCCUGGAGGAGCUGAAACACAUCCUCUUCUACGCUUUCCGCGAUCACCUGACCAUGAAGGACAUCGAGAACAUCAUCAUCAACGAGGAAGAAAGCCUGAAGGAAAACUCCGGGAACUGUCAGACGGAGUUUGAGGGAGUCCACCCGUCGAAGAAGAACCGUCAGACGUGCGUGAGGAAGAGUCUCAUCUGCGCUUUCGCCAUGGCCUUCAUCAUCAGUGUCAUGCUCAUCGCAGCCAAUCAGAUGCUGAGAAACGGCAUGGAGUAGCCGGGUGGAGCCAGCCUGCAUGUGCAUGCCUGGUGGGUGAAGCCGUGCCGCUGUAGACAGAACUACCAGGCGCAGCAAUCCAAGCCGUCAACCAGGAAAAAAACACGCUUUGUUUUUCAUUUCAACGCCUCCAGUUGACCCAAACAAACCCGCCAUGAAGCCAGCAUGAGGAGGCGCCCGAGACUCCUCCCCCUUUACUCCGACAGGGACUUUAAGGGCUGACAUCACAUCCACUGUCGUCUCUGUUUCCCUGAUGCAAUAAUUCAAGCCGAACAUUUAGAAACGAGUGCAGGAGUUGAGAUCCGCUCCAGACGGGAGGCGGGCCCGGCGCCCAGCAGGAGGCUGAUGAACUACGCCGGGACGAGCGCCACCGAAGCACACCAACAUGGCCGCCUGGUUCCUGCUGGGCCGCCGUACUUCAGCUCUCUGAUUAACUGCUGACUCUGUGGGCCGGCGUCAGGAAACGGUGAGAGAAGUUUCUGAAUGAGAGCGGAUCAUUUCCCCCUGCUGGAUGCCGGUCCGCUGAACGCUGACCAGAACCCGACCGCUAACGCUUCAGAGAGCUGAAACCGUGGCUUCACCUGAAUUAGAUGCAAAAUGUUUGUAUCUACACACAUAAAUCAUCGAUUCAAUCGAGACGAAUCCUUUCUGUUUCGACAUGUUUUCUUCAGAAUAAGUAGCAAAUAAUCAGAAUCAGAGAUUUGAAUUGUUAUAAAGCUGGAUUUACUUACAUCUUGUCACAACUAAUUAACCUGGAGGUCUUUGAUUCCAUCCUUCAUCUAAUUUAAAAAUGUCACUCUAGUUAAAUUAGUUAUUUAUUUCACCUUUCUAUUUAUCGUUUGUUUUGGCUUUCAGAGUUUUCAUCCUCUUUUCACUUCAAAAACACAAAAUUUUACCAAGUAUUUUUGAUUUAGUUUCUACUACAAACAGCUUAGUUCACUUACAAUAAGACAAACUAACUUACAAGCAACAUUUUAGUUAGAGACAGAGGUUUUUUUUAAGCAAAUAAUUCCUCAAUAUUGAUGAAAAUUUACUAGUUUUAUUGGUGAAAACAAUUUAUAACAAAAAUAUAAAUGAAAUAAUCUGGGAUUAAAACUAGAAUUUUUUCUUCAAUAUUAAGAAACUGUUGACUUAAAACAAGUCUCCAUUUCUUGCUAAAAUUACUUGUAAGAUUGUUUUGUCUUAUUUCAGGUGUAAUAAGAUAUUUGCACUAGAAACUAAAUCAAAAUACUUGGUAAGGUUUUGUGUUUUUGCAGUGUUUCUUUUUAAUCAAGAAAGUCUUAAAGUCAUGCCUAAAACUAAGUCAAUAAUUUCACCAUGCAUUUAGUUUCUAGUGCAGAUAUCUCAGUAAACCUGAAUUAAGACAAAACUAACUUACAAGUAACUUUUUAGGAAGAUAUAUCAGCUGGUUCUAAGUUCAUAAUUCCUUAAUGAAUUUUUAUGUUUUUUCUAGAAAAAUGUCUGAGAUAAAUCAAAAUUUUUUUAGGUUUUUUUUGCAGAAAUUUAUCUUUUUUUUCUGUCAACACU